AUGGCCAUAACUAUAAAGAUGGAUGUAUUCAGUGUUAAAAAAAAUCAUAAAAUGAAUAAUUUAACUGUUGAAUCUGAAAUUAAGUUAAAACCAGAUCUUAAGAAACUAUCAUUAGAAGAACUUCGUAAAUUAAAAGAAAAAAUUGGAAAUGAAGUUUACCAAAAUUCAACUACUAAAAAACCAAAAUUCGAUUUUCCUAAUAAACGGGUUAAACGAGAAAACAAAAACAGACCAUCUGAAAUAUCAUCUAAAGUGGACCCUUCUUUGAAUUUUGUCAAGAAGUUGAAACCUAAAAUUAAAACCAAAGUUGAAGAAACUAAAAGUAUUGAUCCUAGAUUUGAUUCAUUAUAUGGUGAAUUUGAUAAACGUGUUUUUGAACGAAAUUACAAAUUUUUAAAUGAUGUCAAAGAAAAAGAAAAAAAAAAGCUACAGAAGAAGUUGAAACAGAAGAGUUAUGAUGAAAAGAAUGAGCAGGUUAAAUUAUUAUUACAAAGAAUAGAAAAUCAAGAUAGAGAAAAACAAAAGAUGGAAGCUCAAGAAAAAUUAAAAUUGGAACAGAAACAAAAGAGAUUAGAUGCCAUUAAAGAUGGUAAAAAACCUCAAUUUUUAAGGAAACGUGAAUCAAAAAUAUUGCAAUUGGUUGGACAGUAUGAAGAUUUGAAAUCUCAAGGAAAACUCACCAAGCAUAUUAAACAGAAGAGGAUUCGAAUUAUUGGGAAUGAAAAGAAAACAAUGUUCAAUGAUUCAAUGGAAUAAUAAUAUUUAAUUAUCAUUAUUGAUUCAUAAUAUUUUUUGUUAAUUUUUUACAUUUAAAUAUUUCAUUGAGUAAUAUAAUAAUAUUGUAUUGUCUUCUAUACAUUUUACUUUUUUUCUUUUAAAUUUUGAAUGGUUGAUGGGUUUAUUUGAUAGCCAAUUUAUACUCAAAACAGUUAAAACUUUAACAGUGUACCAACCUUAAUAAUUUGUAACAAAUAAAUAAAUAUUUAGAGGAAUUAA